GGGCCGGGGGCCCUUUUGCUGAGGGUGAGUACGAGGCAACCUUCUCCAAGGGUCAGGCCUCCGGUCGCCUGUGUCCUUAGCUGGGAAAGAGCAAGAUUUCAAGUUUGGGGAGAGAGCUGCGGUCAGAGGUCGUGGUACCCACGGCUCCGUGCAGGCUUCUGGCCGCGCCCCGCGCCGCGCCUCCUCCGGAUUGCCCCGAAACACCGUGGUACUGUUUGUGCCGCAGCAAGAGGCCUGGGUGGUGGAGCGAAUGGGCAGAUUCCACCGGAUCCUGGAACCUGGCUUGAACAUCCUCAUCCCUGUGUUAGACCGGAUCCGAUAUGUGCAGAGUCUCAAGGAAAUUGUCAUCAACGUGCCUGAACAGUCGGCUGUGACUCUCGACAAUGUAACUCUGCAAAUCGAUGGAGUCCUUUACCUGCGCAUAAUGGACCCUUACAAGGCAAGCUAUGGUGUGGAGGAUCCUGAGUAUGCUGUCACCCAGCUAGCUCAGACAACCAUGAGAUCAGAGCUUGGAAAACUCUCUCUGGACAAAGUCUUCCGGGAGCGGGAGUCCCUGAACGCUAGCAUUGUGGAUGCCAUCAACCAGGCUGCUGACUACUGGGGCAUUCGCUGCCUCCGUUAUGAGAUAAAGGAUAUCCAUGUGCCACCCCGGGUGAAAGAGUCCAUGCAGAUGCAGGUGGAGGCAGAGCGACGGAAACGGGCCACAGUUCUAGAGUCUGAGGGGACCCGAGAGUCAGCCAUCAAUGUGGCAGAGGGGAAGAAGCAGGCACAAAUCCUGGCCUCUGAGGCAGAAAAGGCUGAACAAAUAAAUCAAGCAGCAGGAGAGGCCAGUGCGGUUCUGGCCAAGGCCAAGGCUAAAGCUGAAGCUAUUCGCAUCCUAGCUGCAGCUCUGACACAACAUAAUGGAGAUGCAGCAGCUUCACUGACUGUGGCUGAGCAGUAUGUCAGCGCAUUCUCCAAACUGGCCAAGGACUCCAACACUAUCCUGCUGCCCUCCAACCCUGGCGAUGUCACCAGUAUGGUGGCUCAGGCCAUGGGUGUGUAUGGUGCCCUCACCAAAGCCCCACUGCCAGGGGCCCAGGAUUCAGCCUCCAGCGGGAGCAGCAGAGAUGUCCAGGGCAGAGAUGCAAGUCUUGAUGAGGAAUUUGAUCGAGUCAAGCUGAGUUAAUGGCACUAGGCUUGGCCAGGGAGACUGGGGUCAGGGAAGCGGCCCUCCCAGACUCUGGCUCUAGCCUCCCUGACAAGAUUUUGGUUAUUAUUUUUUUAUUUGAACUUUAAUCAUGUAAUAAACUCACCACUGGCAAACCAGGAA